AUGCUUCUUCAUGAAAACCGUUUGAUUGGACCUCAGCAAGGCUACUGUGACGUUGGACACAGCGCUAGAAGCUUUGCCCGGUGCUGGAUUAAGUUGGCUGAAAAUGCUUCUACAGUAGUGAAGCCAGGUUGUAGCAAAGAGCAGCAAGCAAAGAAUGCUGAUAGAUCUUUUUGCAAGCAAAGAGCAGCUAUUGAAAAAGAAUAUGGACAGGCAUUGCAGAGGCUGGCAGGUCAGUACCUCAAACGAGAUUGGCAACGUGGGAAAAAUGAGACCAGUGAAUGCAAGAGUGUGUUUUCUGUGUGGAAGGCCACCGUUGAAGGUACUGCGUCGAUCGGGCAGACUCGUGUUGCAGCUGCUGAGAACUAUAAAAACUUAACCUCAGAAGCAGCCAAAACUGUUAGAACUGCAAAGGAACAGUUGUUAAAAAAGAGUAUGGAGCAACUUUUGAAAAUUCAGAAUGAACUUCUGGAGACUGUGAAAGAAGUAGGAAAAACGAAAAAACAUUAUGUCCAACUAGAACGCAUUAGAGAGGUGGCCAAAGAGAAGGCAGCUGAUGCAGAGGCACGGUUAAAGAAAAGUGAUCAUGGAAUAUUCCAUUCAAAGGCCAGUCUACAAAAGCUCAGUGCCAAGUUUUCAACACAGUUGAUUGAUUGCACCCAGCAGUUGGUAGAAGCACGAAAUGAAUAUCUCUUGGCACUGGCUGCAUCAAAUGCUCAUCUGAAUCAUUACUACCUGACACACCUGCCCGAUAUUAUGAAGUGUUUAGAUGGGGAUAUAUAUGAAAGACUGCGAGAUUACCUUACAAUCAUAAGUAAAACCGAACUCAACACAUGCAAGUCAACACAAGAACGAUUUAAAGACAUAGUAGAAGCAUCUCAACAGGUUUCCCGCGAGCAGAAUCUACAGCUUUUUUUGAAAGAUACCAAAAAUUUUUCUCCAUCACCUGUCCAACAAUUUCAAACUGCUGGCACAGACAAGGUAUCAAAGUUGGAGACUCUGACAAAAGGUCCGAAUUCUGAAAAUGUUUUAGAUAAAGAAGCUCGACGAUGGACAAGCAGAGCUGCAAGAGAUUACAAACUAAAAACUCAUGGAGAACGGAUUCUGCAAAGAUUAGCAGCUAGAAGAACAAUGGCAUCUGAGGAUGAGCUGCAAAGCAUGGAUAUAAAGAUAGAAGAAGUGAAGGAGAGUGUAAGAAAGGCAGAGGUCAGUAAGGUUAAGGCUGAUGCCCGGGUGGAGAUGUUACGUCAAGCUGGUGUGGAUGUGGAUACCUGGCUGUCUGGCGCCAUGAUUCAGGCUAAUGAAGAGCUAGAACAGGAGAGGCGCCUGAGUGAAGCCAGAAUGUCUAAUGGAGGAACAUCACCCUCAAUGGAAGAUUUUGAUUUUACUGAUUUUGAGGAUUGUGAUGACAAUGGUGAGAUUUUUGAAGAAUCAAACCUGAGUUUGAGUGGCUCUCGGUCAUACCCAUCCCCUUGUCAAGUGCUAUACAGUUAUCAGGCAUCUCAAUCGGAUGAGUUGUCCAUCACUCAAGGAGAGAGAUUGGAGAUCAUUGAAGAUGGAGAUGUCGAAGAAUGGGUUAAGGCUCGGAAUAAGAACGGGCAAGUUGGCUAUGUCCCAGAGAAGUACAUUAUGUUCCAGAAUUUUUCUGCCAUUAAUCAAAGGAUGGCGGACUGGACACAAACAGAUCAGAGCAGUGGUCUUCAUUCUGAAAGAUCCCUGGCUGGAAUAUCAGAGUUGGACUGGACAGAGCCAGGAGUGUGCCUUGCCAGAGCCCUUUAUGACUAUGAAGGUCAAAGUGCAGAAGAACUUACAUUUCCGGAGGGGGCCAUUAUCCAAAUUAUUCGUAAAGAAGAGGGUGGUGUAGAUGAUGGGUUCUGGAAGGGAGAAUUCAAUGGUCAAGUUGGAGUCUUUCCAUCAUUGGUUGUGGAAGAACUAUCAGAACAGGGCUCAGAGGCAAAUCAGGAUCUACCUUCUCCAGCUCCACCUCCAUUCUUACCUCCCACACUUUCACCAUUUUCCAACCAGAGAACCCAACUUCAUGGAGCAACUGCUAUGACAGAAACUGACCCUAGACAGAAUGGUUCUGGAAGUUUGCACAAUUCACCUGAUUUUUCUGCCACACGCUUGAGACCUAUGCGGGCAGCACCUCCUCCUCCAACAAAACAACCUGAAACAGAUUCCACAGAGAAUAUAUCUUGAUGAUAAAUCAGUCGUCCGUCAUUACCGUGCAUGAAAUAAGCUCUACACAAAGGAACAUCGUCCUGCUUGCAAAAACUGGAUUAGCAGCUCAGAAUUUAUGGGAAAUUCCUUGCUGUUCCAUUUAUCUAGACUUGCUCAUCCUCAAGAUUGUUUGUUCAGAUAUAGAACAACCUAACCUGCAUACCAAAGAGACUUAAAUAUUCUUCCAAAUAGCAGUAUUUAUUCAGUUCAAUCUAAUUUUAUUAUGCUAUCUUUGCACUUUUAGAACACUGAUAGUUUGUAUUUUUCUUUCUGGAUUGCUAUUAUUAUACAUAAUAUUUUAAGAAUUCCAUGUAAAAAAAAAUG